AUGGCGCAGCCUCAGCCUCAGCCACAACUUCAACCUCAGCCUCAUCCUCAGCAGGUAUACGACCUAGACGACGACGCCGCGUUCAACACGUGCGAGGCGAGACUGCAGCACGCAACGACGGAAAACUUCAUCGUCAGCUUCGACAGCACCGAGGCCCGAUGCGCCGUCGAUAUUGACCGCGAGGCCGCCCUGGCGUGGCUCGAGCAGCCCGACCGCCGCAACGGGAGCCAGAGUCAGGCCCUGUGGAUGAACUUUUGGGCCUCGGAGUCCCAAAAGCCCAUCAUCGAGGAGGUCGCCAAGAAGUACGACCUGUCUCCACGGCUAGCGGGCUUGUUGUGUCAGGCCAUCACGUCGCCGAGUCAGGACCACGAGAGAGAGAGAGAGAAGAAGAGCGUGGUGGGUUCGACCGACUGUGAGGAUAAUACGUCGCGGUCAUCCACCUCUGCGCGGCAAAAGAUCUCGAAAACACCUCCACCAUCAUCGGCGACGACCGACGUCGAGAAAGGCGUGCCUCUUCAUCACUCGACGCCCUUGUUGGAACACCAACACCAACAAGCAGGCAUCGACCCGAGGGAUCUGGAGGGCUUGACCUUUCACAGGGUGGUGAGGAAUCUAUGGCAUUUUUGCUCCGUCGACUUUGGUCGUCGGUAUAUCUACAUUGGCUUCAAUGCAUUGUACUCUCUGCCUAGACCCAACAAGGACACAGCGACUGCGGACGACGACGAUGACGACGGUGGUGCACCUCCUGAGGACGACGCUGCCAACAACACGUCACGACACACAGGAAAGGAUAGCAGCAAGCCGCCGGGCCAGAGGAUAUGGUCGUCGCUAUUGAUCUGUGACGACGGGACCGUCGUGUCUGUGUUUGAACGCCCGCCACCCCACGAACCGCACCACGUGUCCAGACGCAACGUGCUCAACGUCUUCCACCACCUCUCCAAACAGCACAACAAGGACAGCUCGCGCGACGCCCUCAUGAAGGUGCGCGUGCGGUGGAACGAGUAUUCCUCCUCCUCCGCCAACACAGCAGCUGGCUACGACCCCAAGGAAGCGGCGAGCCUGUUGUUCUACUACCUCUUCGACGACUGGGUGUCGACCUACAGGCUGAUUGCCCGGCUGGACCACCCGUACCGGCGCGAGCUGGAGGAGAUGCAGCAGCUCAUGUUCAAGGCGGCCGACGUGUCCCACGUCAAGAAGGUGCACGAGAUCGGCACCCAGCUCACCGUCCUCAAGCUCAUGUACGAGAGCUACGAGUGGAUCGUGUCCCGUCUGCUGCACAGCCAGCGGCUGGCCAUGGACGCAAACAGCCUCCUGCUCCAGCCGAGGGGCACGUUCCACGACCACAACCACGAUCCCAUGAAGCUCGGUCACCACACGCCCACGUCGCAGCUGGCGCCGUACGAGGAGGGGUUUUUGGCCGAUGACUCGAGGUCGAAUGUCAAGUUGAGCUUUUCCGCCGUGGCGCGUUUCGAGCGGCUUCUCGGCCGGAUUCGAUUGUACGCGCUGACCGAGAUCGACGAGUGCAUCAAGCAGAAGGAGUCACUUGUGCUUAUGAACUUCAACCUGGUGGCCUUGAAAGAAUCCCAGGCCGUCGAGCGGCUCACCCGGACCACGAUCCUCCUGGCAAAAGCGACCAUCCUGUUCCUGCCCGUCAGUCUCAUGACCGCCUACUUUUCCAUCCAGCUCCCCGAAAUCGCCGAAAAGUACAGCCUGAAGACGCCAGACCGUGUAUCGCUCCAUCACGAGUAUCGUCGGUAG